AGCUCUGCAGUGUUUGCCCCAGCUGUGGACAGGCGAACUAGAGGCGAAGUGUUAUUUUGAAAUAAAAUGGCAUCGCAGUCGUCGGUGGUGCUUGAGUGAACCGUGAUGCCUCGACAGGUGUCCUCCCAGGUUUAGUAAGGACUGAGAGCACAGAUCAAGAGAGUGGAUAAUGGGCAAGCAGAACAGCAAACUGAAACCUGAGGUGCUCGAAGACCUCAGGCAAAACACCGAGUUUUCUGAUGCGGAGAUCCAAGAGUGGUACAAAGGCUUCCUGAAGGACUGCCCCAGUGGUCACCUUAGUGUCGACGAGUUCAAGAAAAUAUAUGGGAACUUCUUCCCCUAUGGCGACGCCUCCAAGUUUGCGGAACAUGUCUUCCGGACAUUCGACGCAAACGGCGACGGCACGAUUGACUUCCGGGAAUUCUUGUGCGCACUGUCAGUGACCUCGAGAGGGAAACUGGAACAGAAGCUCAAGUGGGCGUUUAGUAUGUACGAUCUUGACGGCAACGGCUACAUUUCGAGACAAGAAAUGCUUGAAAUUGUCACUGCCAUUUACAAGAUGGUGGGCUCUGUGAUGAAAAUGCCAGAGGACGAGUCGACGCCGGAGAAGCGGACGGACAAAAUUUUCCGUCAAAUGGACAAGAACCAAGACGGCAAGCUGUCUCUGGAGGAGUUCAUCGAAGGCGCCAAGAGCGACCCCUCCAUUGUGCGGCUGCUGCAGUGCGACCCGCAGGCCCAAUGACUGUUCUAAAGCAGCAAUUGCAUCUAGCUCAAUGUGGGAAGGGCUGCCCGAACCGUGGAGCGCACACGGUCUGGGUGGGUCCCCACAAUGGGCUACUUGCGGUUGCUGCUUGGUGUCGAAUAAGCAGGCCACGUUCUCAUUGGUUCCAUUUGUUGGUUAAUUGAAAAAAAAGGCCACCCACCACCUCAGCCUGGCGUCAGUUCUCCCUUCUACGGCUGACACAAAGAAAGAAAAAACACCUCCUUGACCUUAGUCGCAUAAGAAGUUUUCUCACAAUCAGUGUUUUGUGUCUAUAUUGUUUGUACCGAAAAAAAAUUAAAUCGCGCUUUUCCCUUUUUAUUUUUGUGUAGGUUAAUUUAAUCGUGAGCAAGUGUCCAGAUCUGUUUGUGAAUUAGAUUUCCUUAAUUUACAGAGUGUAUAUUUAUCGACGCCAACAUUCCCCUUCAAUGUAUGUGUACGAAAAAGUAUCUCACCCUUUUGUCAGUUUUUAGAGGCGAGGACUGCUGGUUUAAUAACAAUUGUGUGUAACAUUUCCGUUCGUUGUUUCUAUUGCCCGAGUCCAUCAACGAGACCAUUUGUCUUUUCGAUUUUUAGCUGAGGCUUCACUGUGAGGCGUCUCCUGCGCGCUUCAAGCCUUUACAUGAAAAAAAAAACACUCAUUAUCGGCAAACUAAAAGUUGCAGUAAUUCUUCGGUUUCGGACGAUUUGCCCGGUUCAAAAAUCGAGCCUUUUGUCCGAUUCUGUGAGAACUUUGUUGACUAUUUUCUGGCCAAGCAACCACAAAUUCCCGACAUUAAAAUCAAGCUCACAAGAAAGACUAGUAGUACGUUGGUAGAUUUUGUGAUUUGGGCAGCUCGAGGUUGUCUGAAGUCUUUUUUGGUGUGUAACAUCUCGAGAUCGUUGUGGUUGCGUGAGGCACUCAAGUGAGGACUCAGCUGCGUUGACUUAUCGACUGUGGCCAUGCGAUGUUGAAAUACAAUAAAAUGUAUUGAUAAUUUUGAGAGAUACAAAAAUCCCACUCCAUAGCAUAAAACUUACUGGAAAAGUUAACUGUAAUUUAAAGAAUCUAGUUGAAAAUAUGUGCAUAAAAACACUAAUAAUUUUUAAACUUUAAGGAUAUUGCGUAUAAAAAUAAACGGUUUUGCUCAUUCUCCAUACUGACGGCGCUCCCCUUUGGGACGAAGGAGGGGCUCGGCAUGCUAAUCACGUAGAAAAAUAGACAGAAAAGAAGGACACUGUUGAGAUAGGGAGUGCGAAUCGCGAUUACAAAAUUAUACACAACAAAAUAUAUGUCCAUACACACCUAGGUCUACUUCUAGGCGCUCUGUAUUAAUCGCCACCUGUUCUUAAUUAACCGCAGCCACGUCAGUUUAACAAAAAGUUGAGGUUUAACUAGGGGUAUAUAAUAUAUACAGUCCACAUCUUGGAAGAUAAUGUUGUUCCUUUCCUCGGAAAAUGUUUAAUGAAGAAUUCAUCCUAGACCUUCUCUCUCCCUCACCCUGGACGUUUCUUUUCCCCGCGAGAAAAAAAAUACUAAACACUUCAAAAUUUUAUAUCGCAUUAUUGAACGUUAAAAAGGAAUUAAUAUUUUUACAAUCUUAGUCGUUGUCUGUUAUGGAAUCUAACCUCCUGUUUGGAAUAUCCAACACACUUUUCCGCGUGUUUACAUAAAACCGGGGGAAAUUUUAGAAGCCGCAAACAAAUUAUAUAAAACGAUGAUGAAUUCUUGGAAAAGACUGCUAUGCUUAGCAGGUGCAUUUGCGAAAAUUUGUGGUGUGUAUAAUAAUACCUGUAAAUAUCGACUUUACUAUCUGUGUGUAAGAAGAAUUCUCUACAAGAUAUGUAUGAUACCAUAAUUGAAAGCAAACAAAAUUGCUGCAAAAUGAGUAAAACGUUGUUAUCCUGGCAUUGAGGUGCCCCUGUUCAUGAUUCCAGCAAAAGCUAUUUGAGCACGUGAAUUUUUGCUUGGAAAAAUAUUGCAUAUUAAUAUACUAAAGAAAAAAAUUAUUGCGUUGUUCAAACAUUAAAUUAUAUGCGCGGUUGCGUUGAAAAAAUAGCAAAUUAUACCCUGCUUAGAAAAUUCAACGUAGUGAAAACGAACUAGCACAUUAUUUGAAAACAUACAUAAAAUAUUUCGAUCAGCCCAGAGGACUCGCUUAGAUUAAACAAAAAAUAUGAUUCACUGAGAUUUUGCGGCGCAUUAGACGAUUUGCAUGAUCUAAACUCUGGGCGCUUUUGACUCUCAGGAAUUGCAAAGCUGCGCGUUACAUUAAUUUCACCUAAGCUGGUGGAUAAUGUGCCCCGUUGGAAAAAUUCAUGUGCUUGCAAAAAGGCACACUGAAGAGUUACUUAGAGCCAAAACUUUUGCUUUUGAAAAAUUUCGUUUAUUUUCCUCUCCCCAAAAAACUCUGCUCGGUGAUAAUGUUGUUGAAUAAUUAUAAAUGUACUCUGUAUAUUGUCAACCGCAAUUAAUAUUUAAAAUCGUGUAUAUUCAAAACGCAAAAGUUUAAAAUUAAUUAAAAAAAAAAUAUUGUAUAUUGGCACAUAUAUUUGGGGCGUCAACGCGACGAACUCGGAAAAAGCGUAUCGGAAUUAUUCAGAAAAAAUUUGCCGUUCACUUCAUCAAUAAAAACGGGCUUUUUUCGAGUUCGGGGCCUUGACGAUGUCCCCGAUAAAAGAAAAAAAACGCAUAUGGAAAAAGGGAGACGAGAUUUUCCGUUUCGCGCCGCUUUGUGAACAUCCCUAACGCGUAAUGGACGUAUUACGCCUUUUUCACACACACACAUUCACACUCAAUUAAGGUGUGUUUUUGAUAAAAUCGCUAAUAUGUGCUUGGUGUUGACCGAAAUGGAAAUUAGCCUCUCUUCUCUGGUUAUUCAAAAACUUUGAAAGCAAUAUUCUGAAAAAUUCAAUACAUACAAAAACAUGUUUUAUAUAAAAUUAUUCUAUGGUCAAUGUUGUCGCUGCUAUUGCGAAAUUUAAAAGAAAAAUAAAAUAAAAACGAAUUUCGAAAUUUCUGCCCGCCCUUGCCCUUUUCUGUCGAUUUUAUCUCUUUUCAUUAUAUAUUGAAUUAAGCGAUCGUUGGGCUUGUGAAUUAAUUUCCUGAACGCGCAUCACUUUAAUAAGAGAUGCGAAGACACAAGAAUCACAAGAAUUUGAAAAUGUUGAUAAAUUAAUAGGAAAAUUUGGAGAUUCAUUUUAAUUAAAUUAUAAUUUUGGUCUUGUGUCCUCUGAUCACAGCAAUUAUUAUAUUCCUCCUAGACAAUGCUCUUGCCUGGGCGCUCUGCUGUUAAAAAAUAAAAUGAGCGAAGUAGCUUAAGUAAAAAUUAGGCUCUCUUUAGCUGCAAAUAAACACUCCAAACAACCUCCCAUAAAUAUGUCAACUUCAACAAACUUUUGUUAGCUAAUUUUUGCUAAAUCAAAUGAGCGUAUGUUUCUUUUGUGCAAGUUUCAUUAUGUUGUAACAUGUCCCAUUUCAUUAAUUAAUGCGAUCAUUGCACACAAUUAAAAAGUUAUGUACUUAAAUGAAAGGCUUUAAAAGUAAAUAGUCCUGAAGAAUACUGAAAUAUGUCACAAGCCUACUCGUCGCUUGAAUCGUAGCACGCCUUUAAUUUAUAAUCUAGUCUGUAAUUAUCGUUUGUAACUUUACGCUGAUUUCAAUUAUUGAUUUGUACCCAAAUUGAAUUACUCUAGACGAUGAAUUCGCACAAAACCAUGUGUAGAUUUUGAUUUUUUUUUAAUUUCAGAAAAGUCUUUAUAAUUUAAAUUCGACUUUCGUGCUUUUUUUAGUAAAAAAUUUGAUUUUGCAACCUCAUUAAGGGUGUUAAGGGAUGGUCAUACAGUGAGUUCAUAUUAUUAUAACGUUUACAAUUUCGCCCUGCUGAGUUCUUGCUAAAAUGAAACUUCAUAAUUUGUAAAAUUGCCUUCAAUGAAUAAACGUGUUACAAAUUCA